AAGUUUUCUAUUGACAGCGACAAAUUGACUUUAAAGUGACACAAUAUUUUGAAAAAAAGUUAUUUUGGUGAAAAUGCCUGGUGCAGAAUGGUUCACGCCUAUCGCUAGUCAAAAAAUAAAAGAACAUUUCUGGCAAAAAUUAGAAGAUUCUUCACCAAAAGCUGCGCCUGUAGGUUUAGAGAAAACCAUUACUUAUUUUAAUAACAAUAAAAAAGAUGAACAUUUUCAACAAUACGACCGGUUUUUUGCUUCUUCCAGAAUGUUUCCUCUCUGGGAUCCGAGAAAGACUAAAGAAAAUGAAAGAUAUUUGCCGGAUAUAAGAGAAAAUAUUUAUUAUGAGGAGAAAGAUAAACCUGUUCCUGUUUUGUCCUCAAUGAUUUAUGGAAGUCGAAUUAAAUCAGCUUACGAUAGAACUGGAGCUGAAUAUCGAAGAAUAAAUAUAAUGAAAGAUGUCAAAAGCAGAAGUGGUGUAUUCAUUAAAGAAGAAAGAAAACCUAUGUAACAUGAUUCUUAUAAAUAUUUAUUGAAAUCAAA